AUGCCAAAAAAAAGCAAAAAGGCAAGAAGUACUAAGCUGAAAGAAAAUAAAAAAAGACAGAGAAAAGCUAGACAGGAAAAAAACAUCAAUCUUAGGGAUGAAAAUGAAAUAGAAAAUAUAUUAGAGAAUAGAAUUGAACAUUUAUAUGAGAAUGAAACUGAAAAACUAGUUCAGAGCGUCAGCUCUACAAACUAUCAAUACAAGAGAAAUGAAUAUGAUGAUAAUAUAUAUCAGAGUAAAAAUCAGACAGAAAAACUAGAUCAGAAUCAGGUUGAAAAACUGGAUAAAAAGCAGAUUGAAAAACUGAAUAAAAAUCAGAAUAAAAAAAUUGUUCAAAAUCGGACAGAAAAACUGGAUCAAAAUCAGAUUGAAAAACAGGAUGAAAAUAUGAUUGUUAAAAAGAAGUAUGAAAAUUUUAUUGAACAACUAGAUCUAAAACACAAUUGUCCGUAUAUAGAAACUGAGAGUGAAAAAGUACUUAUGAAUAAAGUUCAAUUGGAACAAUAUCAAAGUAAAAUAAACCACAAAACUUCAAUCAAAGCACAAUGUAACAACAAAAUAAACACAGCUAAGGUUAAGGAUUGUGUAAAGGUUAGUAGACCAGGUAUUAGAAAUACAUUUGUACAAGGUAGUUUUCACCAAGGAGAUAUAAGAUUUGGUUUAAACAGUGGUAAGCAAUGUGUGGCGAAUUGUUGUUCAGCUCUUGCUUUUAGUAAAUUGAAAGAUUUGACCUAUUGGGAUCAGAAAUAUUUAGAUAAGGUUCUGAUUUAUGGGAAUGAUUUAUAUAGCCGUGUUAGUGGUAAUAAUCAUCACUUAUUAAUAUCUGACCUACCACCAAUAUUAGAUAUAUCAGGAAAAUUGAUGCAAUUGUCACUAAAAGAGUCGAUAUCUGCUGUAAUAGAUACAUCAGAAAGUAUUGAUUUUAGUGAAUUUGGUAAUUCUUUGCCAUUAGAUCAAGCUUUACAGGAAUCCCUUGUAGAUUAUGAUGCUUGCUUUAUAUGUGCAUAUGAUACUUCAUUUUUAGCCUUGAAACAUGGCAUUGAUUUAUUUUUGUUUGAUUCACAUGCAAGAAACGAGUUUGGUUUAAAGCACAGUAAUGGCAAAAGUUUACUUUUAAAAUUGAGCAGUCUAGAUCAUCUUUAUCAAUACUGUUGCAACAUGGUAUCAGGAGCAAGUCAAAAUCAGUGGUUUGAGGUAACUGGAGUAAGCAUAUCUAUAGUUGGAGAACCUGUAGUGUACAAUGAUGAUGAUAAAAGUCCUGAAAACCAUAACGAAAUGAACAACACCAACUAUAGCAAUAUUGGAAAUUAUGAAACAAUGAACACCAGUGACUAUGAGCUGCCUGAAAUUGUUGAAGUAGAAAACGAGAAAGGGUCAACCCUUACAAAAGUUCACGAAAAAAUAAAUGUAACAUUUGACAUCUAUAGCUCUGAAAGUAAUGCCAAUAAUAAUAUCAACAAGAAUGAGUCUGAUGUUGAAAUUGUGUCUGCAACUGACAUGUCUUAUGAUUUUAAACCAAUCAACACUAUUGCAAAGAAAAAGCUUUGUCUCAUUCCAAGAUUCAAAACUAUCACAGAGCACAUACAUUCUCUCCAGAUGAAAGAAAAUAAUGUAUGGGGAACUGAGUUGGAGAUUAUAGCAUGUGCAGACCUGCUAAAAACUGACAUUUACACUUAUUACAAUGAUUCGUGGAUUAAAUAUUCUUCAUCUCAAUUAUGUAACAAAAACAAAAUUAAUGCUCAGGCAAUCUAUCUUCAACAUCUAACUGGCAUCAAUCACUACGAAGUUGUCACAGAUGUAAGUCAGAAGUCAAGGUAUCAAAACAGAAUGCAAUCUAGUCCAGUUGAAAGGGAAAAGUCUGUAUUUGAUAGGAAAUGUGAGGUGCCAACAUUGAAAAUUAAUGAUUCAGAUAACUCUUCGGAUGAUGAAUCAAAAGUCUUAUCAAAAUCUGAAAAAGAAAGGAAUAGGUACAGGAAAGAUGAGGAAUUUAAAGCAAGAAAGAUUUCCACUCUGAAAAGAAAAUAUAGGGAAAAUGAGACAUACAGAGAUAUUGCAAUACAAGCAGGUAUCAAGAAAUAUCGAGAGGACAAAGAUUACAGAGAUGCUUUAAAAGAAUCUGGAAUUCAGAAAUAUCAAGAAAAUGACAAGUACAGAGAAAAAUUGAAACGAGCUAGUGUAUAUAAGUAUAAAGAAGAUGAACAACACAAGAAACAUGUCAAACAAGCAAGUGUUCAAAAGUAUAAGAAAGAUGAAAAGCACAAGGAACUUGUAAAACAAGCAAGUGUACAAAAAUAUGAGGAAGAUGAAAAGCACAAGAAACUUGUCAAACAAGCAAGUGUACAAAAAUAUAAGGAAGAUGAAAAGCACAAGAAACUUGUCAAACAAGCAAGUGUUCAAAAGUAUAAGGAAGAUGAAAAACACAAGGAACUUGUAAAACAAGCAAGUGUACAAAAAUAUAAGGAAGAUGAAAAGCACAAGAAAAUUGUGAAACAAGCAAGUGUACAAAAGUAUAAGGAAGAUGAAAAGCACAAAGAACAUGUGAAACUAGCAAGCGUAAAAAAGUAUAAGGAAGAUGAAAAGCACAAAGAACAUGUGAAACUAGCAAGCGUACACAAGUAUGAGGAAGAUGAAAUGCACAAGGAACAUGUGAAACAAACCAGUAUAAAAAAGUAUAAGGAAGAUGAAAAGCACAAAGAACAUGUGAAACAAGCAAGUAUACAGAAGUAUGCAGAUGAUGAUUCACACAGAUGUAAAGUUAAACAACAAACAGAAACACGUCGGGAAAAUUUAAAACAGGAAAACAAACAAAUAACUGAAGUUAUCAGAAAAUUUAAGGAUGCUGUUAAGAAAGGUCCAGAAUGUGUUUGUUCUUGCUGCUUGAGGCUGUUCUUUGAAAAACAAGUUCUAAUCUGUAAAAAGGGGUCCUAUGAUAGUUCUAUAUAUGAUUCAUGCACAACAGAGAAAUAUAAACACAUAUGUACAGAUGACUGCAAUACUCAUUGUGCUUUUGAAGGAACAUGCAGAACAAGUCUUUGGAUUUGUUAUACUUGUCAUCGUAAAAUGAUGAGAGGUAAAAUACCUGCAGAUUCGUUUUCAAAUGGUUUAAUGCUUGAAGAUGUUCCAUUAGAAUUAAAACAGCUAAAUUCAAUAGAGCAACAACUAAUAGCCCUGAAUAUUCCAUUCAUGAAGAUAAUGGCUUUACCAAAAGGAGGACAAAAAGGUGUUCAUGGACCUAUAGUUUGUGUGCCAUCUGAUUUGAAAAAAGUUACUACGAUACUACCACGAUCAGAAGAUGAAAGUCUUUUACUUAAGGUUAAACUGAAGAGAAAACUUAAAUACAAAGGCUAUGACAAAUACCAAUAUGUUAGACCAAACCAUUUGGAGCAAGCACUUGUGUAUUUAAAGGAUAAAAACGAGUGGUAUAAAGAUGUCGCUAUCAAUGAUGAAUGGAUAAACCCUAUCCCUGAGGUAAAUGAUGAUCAAGUAGUGAAUGAUGAAUCCGAUUCUGAUUCUGAUGAUACUAAGAUGAUGGGGAAUAAAGAAAUACAGAAAGAUGAGUUAGAAAAGAUUUCAAAGUCUUCGAAAGUAGGCAAUGAAAGAGAGGUAGAAAGUGAACAAUAUAGCUAUAUUGAUGAUAAGUUACGUGGUGUUCAAUUAGAUACUUGUUUACAACCUGCUGACAUAGGACAAGAGGCUUUAGAUUUAUGCUUUGAUCAAGUAUUUAAUUUAGCCACUGCAGAAAAUAACAAUCCUCUUAGUGUUCUAAAAGAACCAGGUAUUGAAGCUAAAACCUUUCCUGUGCACUUUCCAUCAGGUAAAAAUACUUCGGAUGAAGACCGUGAUGAAAAACUGACAAUUGGAAGAUACUUUAAUCUUCGAUUAAUGAGUGUUGAAAACAGAUUUGCUAGAGAUACCAACUACAUAUUUUUCAGUCAAUAUUUAACAGAGCUCAAUAGUGUGAUUUCAAACGUUCAGAUAUCUCUAAGAAAACAAUGUCCUUUUUCGAAAGAAGGAAAGAAAGUUACAAGAGAAAUGCUUUGCAACAAGGAAACCUUAAAAGAAUUAUUUAAGAAAGAUGAAGCUAUAAAAUAUUUAAAACCCAUUCGUGGAACUCCUCCCUAUUGGCAAAGCUCACAAAAAGAUAUAUUUGCAAUGAUAAGACAGUUAGGAGUCCCCACAUUCUUCUGUUCUUUUUCUUCUGCAGACUUUAGAUGGUUAGAAAUUAUAAACACAAUUUUAAAACAGCAAGGUGACACGAGAAAUAGUGAAAAUAUGACAUGGGAUGAAAAAUGUAAAGUUCUGUGUAGCAAUCCUGUAACAGCAGUAAGAAUGUUUGAUCAUAGAUUUCAUAUGUAUCUGAAGGAUGUUAUCAUGUCAGAAGCUCAACCAAUAGGGAAAAUAAUCGACUAUUUUUACCGAGUUGAAUUUCCACAAAGAGGUUCUCCCCACACACAUUGUUUGUUUUGGGUAGAAAAUGCUCCAAAAUUUGGUGAAGAUGAUAUUGAUGACAUUAUUACCUUUAUUGACAAACCUCCCUCAUCUAGAACAUUUAUCUCAGAACCAAGUGAUCCAGAUAAAGAUUCAGAGGACGAUGAAGAAUUAGCAAAGGAAAUAUUGUCCGACUUAUGGGAAGUUAUUAAAAAUCAUGAAGAUGAAAACUUAGAUGUUUCUGAAAUUUUCAAGAAGAUAGGACUUACUCAAGAAAGCUUCGAAACAUAUUAUCGUUUUAUCACCAAUCGCAAUACAGUAGUUCUCAAACGUCAGCCAAAUGAAAUAUACACCAAUCAGUAUAACCCACAUCUUUUGAGGGCUUGGGAUGCAAACAUGGACAUACAAUAUAUUUUGGAUGCAUUUUCCUGUGUUGUGUACAUUAUAAGUUACAUAAGUAAAGCUGAGCGAGAGCUAGGAUUACUCCUCCAACAGACUAAAAAUGAAGCAGAAGAAGGAAAUCUAAAUGCUCAACAGACUAUGAAAAAAGUUGGAACUUCAUACUUACACCAUAGAGAGAUAAGUGCACAGGAAGCAGUGUUUAGAGUAACUGGAUUAAGAUUACGAGAGUGUUCAAGGAAAGUAGAAUUUUUACCUGUUGGUGAAAAUCCAUGUAGAAUGAGCGUUCCUUUGAAAGACCUAGAGAAACAACAAAAUUGUAAGUCUUCUAAAAGAAAAAGACAAAAUAGUGACAGCGAAGAUGAAGAUGAAAAUAGUACUUGGAUGAACAACAUUGUUGAUAGAUAUAAAGGUAGACCUCACAUUGAUAUCUUUAUCAAAUUGUGUCUUGCAAGAUUCACUUCUGAAUACAGUGUUGUACUAGAAUCACAAUUACCACAGAAAAUUAAUAAAGACACAACUUUCAAACUUGAUGGCUCACUUGGAUAUAUUAGAAAACGCACAAGAACUUCACCUGCAGUUAUAAAAUAUCCUCGUUUCUCUCAGGAAAAUUCCCCAGAAAAAUAUUAUCAAAGCAUUUUGCAACUGUAUUUGCCAUACAGAUAUGAUGAACAGUUAAAACCACUCUUAUUUCAAACAUAUGAGAAUUUCUUCACAUGUGGAAGAGUUAAGUUUCAAGGGGAUAACACAUUAAGUUCUGUGAAAGAAAUUGUUAUCAAAAACAUGUCAGACUUUGUGAAAAAUGGUCAUGAUUUAGAGGAAGCAGAAAAGCAAUUUCAUGAAAAAGAUCCUAAAGAAGAUGCUUGGUGUGAGUUAUGCCCAGAAGCAGAAGUGAAUAGAAGAGAAUGUAUAGAUGAAGGCAAAGUAUCUAGUGUGAUUGAGGAGGAUUUAUCAAUACCAGAUUUGAAUGAAAAGAGCUCAUCAUCUGUUGGAACUAAUUUGCUGUCUGUUUCUCUCACAAAAAAUGAAAUCAUUCCAAGGCUAAGAAGUUUGAAUGUGAAACAGAGAAGAAUUCUCUAUAAAAUAAGAGAUUGGUGCAUUCAAAAAGCAAACGGAAAAACACCAGAGCCUUUACAUUUAUUUAUCACUGGAGGAGCUGGAACGGGUAAAAGUCACUUGAUCAAAUGUAUUCAAUAUGAAGCAACUCGAAUAUUAGCACAAACAACAAAUAAUCCAGAUGAUCUCACAGUUCUGUUAACAGCUCCAACUGGAACAGCUGCAUUUAAUAUCCAUGGAUUGACAAUUCAUAGUGCUCUUGGAAUUUUCAAAUCACUCUCACCUGAUCAUGCAACUCUUAGUGAAGACAAAAUUAAUUCGCUCAGAUCAAAGUUAGAACAUUUGCAAAUCUUGAUAAUUGAUGAAAUUUCAAUGGUCAAUAAGAAAUUGUUGUUUUUCGUUCAUGAGCGACUCAGACAAGUUAAAAAAAGACCAGACAAUUGUUUAUUUGGAGGUGUUUCAAUAAUUGCGGUUGGCGAUUUUUAUCAGUUACCACCUGUUCGAACAAAAAGGGUAGACAAAUUGUAUGUAGAUGACCCUUCUAAUCCCUCAAAUCAGCUAUGGAAUGGCUUGUUUGAAAUUGCCGAGUUGGAUGAAAUAAUGCGUCAACGUGAGGAUGGAAUGUUUGCUGAACUACUAAAUAGAUUGCGUGUUAAGCAGAAAAAUGAAAGUUUGUCAUCAUCUGAUAAAGAAACAUUACAACACUGCUUUGGUGAUAGCCCCGAUGAAGCCUUGCACAUAUAUUCUACAAAUGCAGAGGUUGAUACCUUUAACAAGGAGAUGAUAAUGAAACAAUGUACAGAAUCAAAACUAAUUGAGGCACAAGAUUUCCAAAAAGACAAAACUUCAGGGAAAUUGACUCUGAAAAAAGUACAUUGUUUAAAGUCAGAUGUCUGUCUCCCAAUAUCUAUUCUUUUAGCUGAGGGAGCAAGAGUAAUGCUAAUCAAGAAUGAGGACACAGCAGAUGGUUUAGUAAAUGGUGUAAUGGGAACUGUUAUAUCUAUCAAAGACUUCUCACCAAAUUCCCUCCCAAGUACAAUAUAUGUUCACUUUGACAAUGAAAGAGUAGGAAGAAAUGCAAAGGUACAAAAACUCAUCAGUGGAAAACACUGUGUUGGAUUGAAACCUUCAACUGAAGACAUUCCUUUAAGCAAUUGUGUAAGAAAACAGUUUCCAUUGAAGUUAGCCUGGGCUUGCACAAUUCACAAAGUUCAAGGAUUAACAGUUGAAGAAUGUGUUGUAGAUCUGAAUAAAUGUUUCACAUAUGGUCAGGCAUAUGUAGCCCUUAGCAGAGUUACAUCAAAAUCUGGUUUACACAUUGAAAGCAUAGAAGCUGAAAAAAUUGACAAGAAAAUCUUCUGCGAUCCUGAUAUUGUAAAGGGUGUUUCAGAAAUGACAAGAUUUUUGCCUGAAAUUGAUAAUACAGCAGAGGAACAUAAACAAUCUUUUCAGAUAAUGUAUCACAAUAUUCAAGGUUUACAGACCCAUGCAGAAGAUAUUAAACAAAAUCCAGACUUUAGAAAUGCGGAUUACAUUUGUCUUACUGAAACCUGGGCUAAUCAAGAAUUCACUUGCUUUGAAAUGGUGGGAUAUGAUGGUUUUCAUUUGCCCAGAUCUCUAGCUUUUCAAGAAGAUGAUUCUUAUUAUUCUUCUUUAAAGGAAAUGCAGCAUGGUGGUGUGUGUGUUUUUCACAAGCUUUCUUCAGAAACAGAAUUGUGCAACUUGACAUCAAACUUAGAAUGUAUAGUUUUCAAGAUUCCAAGUAGAAAUGUUUUUGUUGCUACUGUUUACAGAACCCAGAGGUAUAAUCUAGGAAAAUUUUUGGAGAACAUGGAAACUUUAAUCUGUAAAUUGGAAGACUUAUCAGAAAGAGUUGUUGUAAUUGGUGAUUUUAAUCAAGAUAUUUUGAAAGGUAGCUGUACAGUAUUAAGUUUCAUGUUAUCAAAAGGUUUCAGACAACUUGUUAGUAGUGCAACAACAGAAGGUGGAACUCUUAUUGACCAUGUGUAUGUAAAAGGAUGUCAUGAUACACAGGUUACAAUUAUUCCAACAUAUUACAGCUAUCAUGAGGCACUGAAAAUAGUUGUUCAAUAUGACUAA